UGGUGGGCGUGGUGGUCCCUGCAGUCUUUUCGGUCGACGAGAAAAGAAGAGACUCUCCGAGAUGAUAAAUUAAGCUAAAUAUAACACCAUGUUCGCUCUGUGAUCUCACUACUCAAGCAACUUUAUUAAAUAAAGCACCAACAACAAUCUGUGCAAAAAACAUGUCAGGCUGAAGAACAGCUACUUUGAUUGGGUUAUUUUAUGGAAGAUUGGUCCAUACAGCCAAUAAGUGAUGGUUUAACAUAAUUGUUUGUUCAAUUUCACAUUUCCGGGUUUUCAUGGUUUUGGUCGAGCAGUGUGUCUGUACCAUGCCACGUACGUACCUCUACUGGUCGUGAAAUACGCAAGGCAGAUAGACGAGGCCGGUCGCAGGCCGGUGUAUACGUGUGACCAUCCAAUGUCACGAUCAAAUAAGCAAUAAUUGCGCUGCCGUCGUCCACGUAGUUCCAUGUAAUACACAAUAGUGAGAAUUUCCGAUCACAUGUAGCUAGCACUGAGUGUAGCUCUGAAUCUGAUGAUCAACUAGUCGAGAUAGAGAUUAGUGUUGUAGUUCGUAGCAGCAAAACUUGGCGGUGAUUGUGUAACUGUGUGGUACAUGGAGUAUUGAGUCGCCAUGGAAGCCUUACAUCACUGGCACAUUGGAAAUGUUGUAAGACGAAGCACUGCCCAGAAUAUAACUGCCCUUGCUCAGGCAUCACAUAAUGCUCCAACUAUACCCCAAGCCACAUUGCUACUGCUAUGGAUCUCUGCUAUUCUAUUAUUAAUCUUCAGAUCUCUAUAUCGACAGAGGAUCAAACAAGCCAAUUUAUUAGACGAGUCAGACUUAGAAUCCUCAGCUAUUGACUCUGAACAUGAGCAACUUGAAGAUGAUAAAAGGAUUCAGUCUAGAAAUAGUCAACCACAUAGGAAAGAUGCCGGGUCAGUCAUGACUCGAGAUGGUGUGGUCAUUAAUGGAAUGGCAACUACUGAAAUAACUAUCCAUAAUAUAGAACCAGACAGCACACAGCAAGAUGACAAGUUUGGGUUUGAAAGCAAUGACACCAAGAUUAUAAACCCGACUGGAGGUACUAAAGCUACGACACAACUCAUUCAAGAUUCGCUCAGCUCUGGUAACCCGAUAACCUCAAGUAUCAAACUAAAACAAGAUGAAGCACCCAAAGCUCCAACGUUCUCCAAAGUGCCACCACCACCAACGUUUGACCAGUUUCUGUGGUACUGUGCUAUGUUUGGUCUGAUCAUGAUGCUAUUUUAUGUGUGUGAUUACAAGCAUAAGUUUGCUGAGGGUACAAGGGAGUAUUCACGUGACUUGUUUAUGUUUUUAGUUCUGCUGCUGUUUGCUGUUGCUGGGUUAUUUACUGUGCAGACAACGGAGGACAAGAUUUUAAACAGGGACCAGACUGAAGAAUGGAAAGGUUGGAUGCAGGUAAUGUUUGUCUGGUACCACUACUUCAUGGCUAAAGAGACUUACAACUACAUUAGGAUCUUCAUUGCUUGCUAUGUUUGGAUGACAGGUUUUGGUAACUUCUCUUUCUUCUGGGUGCGGAAAGACUUUUCCUUGUGGCGUAUCCUGAAGAUGUUAUUUCGCUUAAACUUUCUUGUUGUCAUGACCCUGCUUGUUACAGAUAAUAGUUACAUGUUGUAUUACAUCUGUGCCAUGCACACCUAUUGGUUCCUUUCUGUGUAUGCAUUUAUGGGUAUUUUCCCAUCUUGGAAUGAAGACAGAUUGAAAAUGGCAUUUAAGUUUGUAUGUUACUUUGUUAUUAAUGCUGCUGUAUUUGACACACCCCUUCGAGAUGUAAUCUUUAAACCCUUCUGGUUUAUCAUGUCUUACGAAGGUUCAAUGCAUGAAUGGUUAUUCCGUGCUGGAUUGGAUCAUUAUGCUACUUUUGUUGGUAUGGUUUGUGCUUAUAACUAUCCACACUUUGAGCGAUUUAUCAACUACCUUGAUAAACGCCAUCUUAAUCAUCGAGACUACAUGACUACUGUACUUAUCAAGUUCUUUCUAUCUGGUCUGCUUUUGGUUAUCUUAGGAAUAUGGUAUGAUGGCGUUAUGCUUCGUGUGAAGUAUGACUACAACAAGUACCAUCCAUACACCUCCUGGAUACCUAUACUAAUCUAUAUAUUCUUCAGGAACAUUGUCCCAUCUUUAAGGACUCGUUAUCUUGGUUUAUUUGCUUUUCUUGGUAAGAUUACUCUGGAGACUUACAUAGCACAGCUCCAUAUUUACAUGCAGUAUAAUGCACAUAAGCUGAUUGUAUUCAUACCGGGUUACCCACUUAUGAACUUUGCACUGGCCUCUAUCAUCUACCUUUUCAUUUCUCAUCGAUUGUUUCAUCUCACUAUGGAUUUCAGUGCCUUUAUAUUACCCAGGGAUAACAUGAAAAAGGUGGUGUUAAAUGGUAUCAUGGGAAUUGUUGUUGUUGGUCUUCAUUUGUGUUUUGCAUUGUUGUGUCGGGAAGUCAGAUUAAUUUAGGAAUGAUUUAAUGUUACAGUGAGUGAAGUCAUUUUCUGAAUGUUUUGGAUCAUUUCUUAAAAGCAAUAUUUCAUAGAAUACAGUUGGAUGUAAAUUUACAUAGUUAAGUAAAGACACUUUAUGUAGAUUAAUGUAGAUUAUUUUUAUAUUAUUUUUAUAACUAUUUAUUUUGACAGUGUCACAGUAAGCUUCUUAAGUUCUUGGAUGAAGGAGAAGGUUCUGAGACAACUUGCAUAUUCUUUUAGGUUUAUUUAUUAUUUCAUUAUCUGUUUUAUGGUUUUCUUCUGAACGAAUGUAGAACUUUGAUUAAAGUACACAAAAGCCCCUUCUUUGAUUUUUAAAUGGGUUUUGCCUCCUACAUGUCAUACUCACAGGUGAGAACAUGAAAUGUAAUGUUGAUUGAAUUCAGAGAGAGUUCGACCAUAGACUAGAAUGCAUCUAUUUUCUUAACAAUUUGUUUUUAAAGUAAAAUUCAAGAGCAUUAAUAGCAUACAUGUAAGUAUUUAUUUAAAGCAAGAGGCAUGUUUUACCCUCAAAAGAAAGAAAAGUGAUUAAAUAUUUAAUCAUUUUUUGUAUAUUUGUUGGUGAACUAAGAGAACUUGACGAGAUUUGAACCUGUGGUGUCCAUCAGAUUGCUGGUGUUUACCCUUUAUGGCAUAUCUCUUUGUUCAGGGGUGUCAAGUAAAGCUUUAGGGGCAUGGAUCACACCCAGGUUUAACAUACUUCCCUUAUGGGAUGUCAAUUUCUUUGUUCACAGGUGCCAAUAUGUCUUUCAACCUUAAACUGCUGUAUAACCAAGGGGCAGGGAACAAACAGAUAGGAUCACCUUAAAGGCAGUGGACAUUAUUGGUAAUUACUCAACAUAAUUAUAAGAAUAAAACCUUAAUUGGUAA